AUAGACCUAUCAAAAGACUAAAUAUAAUCAAGCUAUCUGCACACAUUACUGAUCUAGAUCUCUAGGUCUAGUUAUUAGACAUAGCUAUAUAAGAACAUUGGAAAUGCAUUUAGCAGCUUCAAUUUUACCUAUAAUUAGUAUAAUAUUUGUGAUUGUGUUAUUUUCUAGUGUAGAAUCCAGUGCAGAUAAAGACAAAAAGUUGCAGAUAGGAAUUAAAAAACGUGUCGAUCCUGAAAAAUGCAAACUUAAGUCACGAAAGGGAGAUGUGUUACACAUGCAUUAUACAGGAAAAUUGGAAGAUGGUACAGAGUUUGAUAGCAGCCUGACACGUAAUCAACCAUUCGUCUUUACAUUAGGUACGGGUCAGGUAAUCAAGGGCUGGGACCAAGGUCUACUCAAUAUGUGUGAAGAAGAAAAACGGAAACUUGUCAUACCAUCUGAUAUGGGGUAUGGGGAGAGAGGAGCACCACCCAAAAUACCUGGUGGAGCCACAUUGGUGUUUGAAGUUGAAUUGCUGAAAAUAGAAAGGAAAGAUGAGUUGUGAUGAUGGCAAGGGUAGACAACCUUCACCUGCAGCACAAAUGUUGUUUCUCUCUUGAUUGUUAUAUAUAUAUAUUUAAUUUCUUUUGUUAAAAGCAAAAAAUGUUAUGCAAAAAUCCACAAUUUUAAACAUAUUUUUUUGUUACUUUUUAGUUAAUAACCGCUUUAGGUUUGAUGCCAUUGUAACAUAUGGGCUAGACUUUAAUGCUAUGAUUAAAGGGCUGGUGAAAGUUAUAUGAUAUUGUGAUAUUCUUUAGUUGAAUGUCUUAAGUAUUUGGGUUUGUUUUUUAAGCAUCCUAAUUAAAAUCAGUAUGAUGCUGUCAUUAUUUAUUCCUUAUUCUAAGAUGAAAACUAAUUGUCUUGGUUCGUCAAUGACUUGUAUUCUUUCACGCCUCACAAUGAAACCAUUCUUAGUGUCUGUCCUACUAACUGAGCAUUACUGAGCGAGAAGGUGAAUUGAUUAAAACAUAUGCAGCAUAUGUUUUACUAUGCAAUGAAUAAUUAAUACCUAUAUGUUUCUUGCUCAUUCAGUUUGAUGGUGGAACAUUAUGAGAUUUUUGUGUAGUUUUGAAUUGUCACCACAAUGUGAUUGUAGAUAAGUUUAUUUCAAAAGUAUGGCUGUAGCUUAACUGAACCACUUUCUUUAAAGUCUGAACAAAUAUAGUGAUGGGUCUAUUGCGUAAGAAUCCAUUUGAGGCUUGGACCAACUGUUAACUCCUGGAAAUGAGUAGUAUAUAUGUGAGAACCUGUCUUCAACAAACCACACUUGUGUUGAUUAUAAUGGUUUAUCUUAAUGCAUGCAUUGGUGAUUACUGAAAUGUAGGUAUUGAUGUUGUAAGUGAGAUCCAGUCAUGUUGAAUGAUAUUUUAGAUCUACAGCCCAGGGGUUGAAAUAUUCUCUUGUAUGUUGUCAUCUGUAGAAAUCAUAAGCCUUAAUAUUUGCACAAAUCUAGAACACUUUGCAAUUGUAAGAAUGACCAAAAUGCAUGUAUGAUUUUGUGGAAUAAUUUAUGAUCAGCAUCAGAUCUUGUCAGAAAAACAUUCGUUGACACUAAACUUACAUGCUUUCUUUUAUGGAGAUUUUAAAACUAUUUUAUGAGAGUUCAAAAUAAAGAUAUUUAAACCACA